AUGGCGACCCCCAUGAGCACAAACUCCCAAGACGACGGCGCGAACAAGAAGCUUGAGCAGAUUACCUUUCGCUUUUGCUCCGAAUGCUCCAACAUGCUCUACCCCAAGGAGGACGAAGAGACCCACCGCCUCCAAUUCACCUGCCGAACCUGCCAGUUUACCGAGGAGGCUCAGUCCACCUGCGUCUUCCGCAACGUCAUGAACAACGCCGCCGGUGAGACCGCCGGUGUCACACAGGAUGUCGGUUCGGAUCCUACUGUAGGUGAUCCCCAGUCUGUUCUUGCCCCUGUUGUAUGCAUCGGCUGCGGCCACGCCAUCCUUUGCAGCGGCUGCGGUAAUCCGUCCGACGACUUCAACGUCUCAGCGGCCCCUACCCACCAGUACGACGGUCCCCAGAGCAAGAAGACGGAGAUUACAUGGGACGACCUGAUGGACAUGGCCGAAGACGAGGCCCUCGACGAGUACGACGAAGAAAAGGAAUCGGUCACUUCCGACGAGAUCAACCACGGGUUCGCGGGCAUCGCACUCAACAAUGAGCCUGACUCCGCCAACCGCAAAGUCUCGUGGCCUACCUUUCAGCUGGCUCUUCCACGAUCAAACAAGGAAUGCCCCGUCUGCAAGGCUGGCGAAGCCGUCUUCUUCCAGUCCCAGCAGCGAAGCGCCGAGACGGGCAUGAAACUGUUCUAUGUCUGCUGCGAUUGCGGUCACAUCUUCCAGUAA